AUGGCGGGCUGUGGACCUGCCAGCAAAAUCCGACGUCUUGACACGGAGGUCUUCAGUCGUGUGCCUGGUGCCGGUGUAGACAAUGUCAAGAAUCUCGUUGAUUGGCCAGCAUAUGCAACGGGAGGCCUGCAAGAUGCUGCUUUGGCAGCAGGCCACCCGCCCAGUCAUCUGGCUGAGCACUUUGCUGGUCGCAAGACGAUCUACGUAAGCUCGAGCUGCAGUGGGAUGGGAACAUUUGAGCAUUGCAUGAAGCGCUUGGCAGCGGCUUGCGCUGGAGCUGUGGAGAACACUGGUGUGAAGUUCUGGUCUGCAAGUGAGUGCGACAAGGCUGUUCGAGACAUGCUGCUCCAGAGUUCAGGUUGUCCUGAGCACGUCUUUGGUGACUUGACGGAGCGAGUGGACUCCAAGGUCCUGGCAAGAAUGAAGCAUGCAGUGGGAUGCCUUCAGCAGAGGGCGCACGAGCUUGCCGCCACGAAGCAAACCCCUGCUCAGAAGAAAGUUGAGCUUGGGAAACUGAAUGUCCGUUGUAUGCAGAAGCUUUUGGAGUUGGCAAUGGAGGCAGUUGCUGCAGAUCGCGGCGGAGCAAGCAGAUGUUGCUAUUGCUAUGUUCAUGACCAACUCUGCCCUCUUUUGCCGCCAGGGCUGGACGAAGACGCUGAUAGCCUCCUGCCAAAGGCAGGAGGCAACACGUGCGUAAGUUUCUCCCCGCAGGGGAAGCAGGCGAAGUGGCUGCACGAUUCUGCUGUCGUUGCCGCCGUGUGGCUCGCAUGGUGUGCUGGGCAUUGUGACAUGGUCAUGCAGGAGUGCAGCUACUUCCGAGGCCAUGCAAACAGCGUUUCCCCCAAAGACUUGGGGAUCCCCAUGAACCGGCCUCGCAACUUCUCCUGCACCGAUCGGCUACGCAGACUGAGCAUGGUCACCAGCUUAACGUCAAGCCUGUUCUUGCAGCUCUGCGGCAGCGAGCUGCGGUGUAAUGGGCACGACUUCUUCAUCUUUGCCGAGGAUGCAGCUCAUGAGUAUUUGCAGGCCACCACGGAGAAGCUUUUGCACGGCGAGGUGGGCUUUCGGAAUUACUUGUCCGAGGGCUGUCUGCGGCGGCUCGCGGAGUAUGAGACCUUCUACUCGAAGCAGCUCGCAGAAGGCAAGGUCGUGGAGCUGCCCGUCGUAGACCUUUCCCAGAAUGUUAGUGUUAGGGCGACCUUGUCGACUAUGUUGCCUUCUUUGCUGACAGGGUCCUGUGUGUGGAGCAUGAAACACAACCGACCGCUGACCACGCUGGAGCUGUUCUUUGCAAUGGGAUGGCCAGCUCCGGUGGUUUUGGACAACGACAAUUUCCAUGCAGAGUUCCCCUUCCUGCAGACCUAG